AUGGCGACGUCGCAGGGAGUCUCUCCCAGGGAGGCCACAGGCGAGUCUCCCGCCGCCAGCGCAACGGCGGCCGCUUUCGCCCGGAGACACCUGCUGCGCCAGGCGUCCCGUCUCUGGUGUCCGAGAGCCCUCUUCCUCCUCUCUGCGCUCUGCUCGAAUCUGCUGGACGUUUUAGCCGACUAUCCACGUGGCCGCAGCCGCGGAGGCUCGGCUCACGCGCGCCAGCAGCACCGCGUCAGUCGAGCGACGUCAGUCUUCAGCUUCUUCGGCACAGCGCCUUCUGCGGAGUCUCUUGUAACGGCUCUCUUUCUCGCUGCUGGGUUCGCUGCACUGCUUCUUCUCAUCCGACGCCCUGCCGCGCAGAGCUCCUCAGGGACAAACGCCGGAACCGGCGGCAGCGCGGAGGAGAACAAGGACGAUAGCAGCGUCUUUCGCCCAUGUGCGUCGAUUUGUCUCAAUGAGAUUCUGCUGAAGAGGUCUCCUGGCGGCAAGUUUGUGAUGGAGGAGGCUGCCAUCGCCCCGUUUCUCUCCCUGUGCAGUUGGAGCAAGCUGUUCGUUUUCGCCCAGGUGAACAGCGAUGAAGAAGAGCAACAAGUACUGGACGAAUUGGAAGGGAUCCAGGCAUUCGAUCGCGGGCUUCAGCGCCAUCGGGUCAUGUUCUCCUCCACCAGGAACGGCCGAGCGUCGAUGGUCCGUCAGCUGCAGCCCCUUACCCACAUCGACGCGGAUGAUUUCAUCGCGGUCACGCUGGAAGGCAAGGUCCCGAAUGUAGUCUUCCUGCAAGAGCCUCUCAAGGAAUGCGUGGAUGUCCUUCAAGCAGCGCUCCAAAGGCCAGUGACAGCGUAG